AUGCAUGCACUCUCAGACAAGCACUUGCCUGCAUCCGUCCCACGUUCGGUGAGUGUCCCUGCCAAUAAAUGGAUGUCUCUCGUGCGACUACAUGUGCAGCGUCACCACAUACUCCAUGACCACGUCACAGGCUUCUUUCGCACUAAUCGGAGAGCACCGGUAAUCACUGUUACGUCGGGGCUUCCAAUCAAACCCAUGAGAGU